GUGCAAAACUGAUAUGACUAUUGUAGGCCCCUACGUUUAUCGCUUACAUUUUUCGUGAGUCAAACCGGAAGUUCACUCCUUAGGCUAUAGUAAAAGAAUUUUUUCAGCAGGUUGAAAGAUGUCGCAGUUAUCAGAGGAUCAGCUUGCAGAAGUUCAGGAAACUUUCAACCUCUUUGAUCAACGUGGAGAUGGCAAGAUUGCUGCCGCUCAGUUAGGUGAUGUUCUGAGAGCUCUGGGCCAAAACCCAACAGAGAUUGAAGUGAAGAAAUGUGGCUAUGCAAACAAUCCAGAUGCCAGAAUCUCGUUUGAAGUCUUUAUACCAAUAUUACAAACCAUCAGUAAGAACAGAGACCAUGCAACAUUUGAUGACUUUGUAGAAGGACUUAAAAUGUUUGAUAAAGAUCAGAAUGGCUUCAUCUCAUCUGCAGAACUGCGACAUAUCCUAACAUCUCUUGGAGACAAACUAUCAGAUGAAGAUGUAGAUCAAUUAUUUCAAGGCAUGGAGGAUGCUCAGGGAAAUGUCAAUUAUGAAGAGUUCAUCAAAAUGGUCAUGAAUGGUUGAGGAACAAACUAAUACAAUACAACUAGUUUAUAGCUACACAAUAUAAUCGCCAGUAAAUAUCAUACAUUCUUGCUUCUGUGAUGAAAAAGUGACAAUAGAACAACAUAGCGCUGGUAGCUUUAGUUUUGAAAGUGCUAACAUAAAAAAAAAAGAAAACAUGCAAUUUUCUUAUUUCAUAAAAGAGUUUAACAGACAGAUUUGAUUCAAUUAACACUCCAUUUCAAAGGACCAAAGUUAAGUAUUUUUUGUAAAAAAAAAAAAAAAGGUUAUCAUAUUACAUGUACAUUGUUAUUGUAAUGUAUUUGUAUAAAAUUUAUAAUAAAUAUUUUGCAAAUGCUUUA